AUGAUAAGUGAUUUCUUUCGUAUAAAUUGCUUUGGCCCGAACUUCUCCCUUAUUGAUUCCCUCGGAGGGAAUACGAAAACCUUAAUGAUCGCUUGCAUAUCACCGGCAGACAACAAUUAUGAAGAAUCUCUAAGCACUUUGCGCUAUGCAAACCGCGCAAAGAACAUCCAAAAUACACCGAAAAUUAAUGAAGAUCCAAAAGAUGCAUUACUUCGGACGUAUCAAGAAGAAAUUAAGCGGCUCCACCAACUUUUGGAAGGCAAAGGAGAGCCUAAUCUUAGUGCGUUGGUGACUGAUAGAAUCGAGUCGGAUACGAGAUCUCACUCGGUUAUGGAGAGGCUCAAAACACAUCAGCGAGGGGACAGCGAAGCUGAGGAACUGGCUGAAAGAGUUGAAGCCGAUUCUAGCAAAAUGGAACAAAUUAUAAGGGAAAAAGAACUGCUGAAGCAGGAAUAUGAAAAGAAACUUAAAGAAAAGGAAGAUCUAUUCGUCACAGAAGCGGCUGAUAAGGAAAAGCUAAGAUCAGAUAUAGAACAACUGCACAAGUUUUAUAAGAGCCGUCUUUCCAAGCUGGAUGCAGCAUCAACGACAAAAUCUGGAUCAGAUACAGCAGCUAUAUUUAUGGAUUAUCAGAGAAUUUCUCUGCAUUUUAUAUAA